CUGUCAUGAAUAAAAAUACACUUCCGGUGACGUGGCUCCUCUGGAAAAGGGGAAGCCGUGGCAGGAAAGUUAGCUGCGGAAUCAGCUGGAGAGUGGAACAGCAGCGCUAGCCUACCUCACUGAGCUGGAUGGCAGGGACACACUGGUGGAAGAACUUCAGGAAUCACAACAGGGUGCUCUCUGGAACGAGGGACGGAUGAAAUCAAGAGGCGGUAGGCCCAGCUGGGCGUUGGCUGCACUGUUCACUGGUGCUGCCCUGCUGGUCAUCUCCUCCAGAGGGGCGUCCAGUGGGAAGAUGAUGUCCCAGGCAGCCAUGGCUCAUGCCACAGCCACAGCCGCUGGAUCAGGCCCAGGGCUUCCAGAUGAGUUCCUAGGCUUCCAGGCCUUAGCUGACUUCUUUGCAAGUGAACGUGCCGAUGUCUGGCUCUGCUCUUUGGUUGGGUCUGUUGCUGUAGGCCUCACUGGAAUUUUCCCCCUUCUUGUUAUUCCUAUUGAGGCAGGAGCGGCCCUCGAGACAGCGGCUGGCUGUCGGAAGCUAAAGCAGCUUCUGAGCUUUGCCAUUGGUGGUCUCUUGGGUGACGUGUUCCUCCACUUGCUCCCGGAGGCUUGGGCACAUUCCCACUCCUGCAGCCCAGACGAGAGCCAGCUCCACUACAGGACCCAGGGCCUGUGGGUUAUCAUGGGCAUGCUGUCUUUCCUUCUCCUGGAGAAGAUGUUCCCAGAUGAGAACAGUCAGGAGGACUCCAUUGGUAACAGCCAGCAUGUCCCUACCUCCCAUAGCUCAGACUCCAGUAGUGAGGCGUUGUCCCACAUCAAUGGGCACCAUUCUGAUACGUGGAGCUCGCCCUGCAAGACAAAAAGCAGCUUGCAGCAAGUGCCAAAGAAAAUAAAGACAAGCGGGUACCUGAACCUGCUGGCUAACUGCAUUGACAACUUCACCCAUGGCCUGGCUGUGGCAGGGAGCUUCCUGGUCAGCAGGAAGGUUGGGUGUCUCACCACUUUUGCCAUCCUGCUCCAUGAAAUUCCCCAUGAAGUGGGUGACUUUGCCAUCCUGCUGCGUGCAGGGUUUGACCGCUGGAGUGCCGCCCGCAUGCAGCUAUCCACAGCCCUGGGAGGGGUGCUGGGGGCCUGUUUCGCCCUGUGUGCCCAGUCUCCCAGAGGGACAGAAAAUGCAACAGCAUGGAUCUUACCAUUCUCCUCGGGAGGCUUCCUGUACAUAGCCCUGGUCAACGUGGUGCCUGACCUCCUGGAGGAGACCAGCCUCGGACACUCCCUGUUGCAGAUCCUGCUCCUGUGCUGUGGCAUUGCCGUCAUGGCCGUCUUGUCUGCCGUAGUGGAUUGAGCUCAAAAGACAAGCCUGCUUUACCAAAAUAUAAUUGAAAACAUCACCGCAACAUUCACUGGACUGGGACGCAAUCCCCCUUUCUAUAAAGUUAAGUCCUCAGAUUGCAUUCAGUCGCCCUUUUUAUUAUAUUGAACUUUUUUUUUAUACUCCACCUAGUGCCAAAACAUCCUAUCAACAUGGACGCGAUCUGACAAUCAGAACAGCACCUUGAAUCAUGAUACCUGCUUUUUCUAUCAGGACUCUAGACCAACUGUGUCCACCUUGUCUGCUGAUCUCUGACUACUGUCUGUGUGGACACUAACGUGCCAAACCCAGACAGAGACGGACAUUUUGAAAUGGCAAGAGAGCUAAAGAAAGCUUAUUGAAGUGACUGGACUAUCUGAGAGCAUCAGACCAUAAUGGGCAGACACUCAGUCUCAUCCUGUUUUAUUGCACACAUGCACAUACUCAAACAGGUCUUAUCAGACACAUAUGAGCAGCUCAUGCAUACUGUACAAACUUAAUCUCACAUGGCUUUACCAUACUAAAAUGCGUACACAUUUCCUUACAUUCUUCAAAUUGUAUGCUCAUGUGCUGCUUUCUAUUUGUCUCUUUCAGGCUAAUUUAUAUUUAUUGUGUCUUAUUGGUUUCUGUAUCUGCUUGUACUGCCUAGUAUUUAUUGAAUUAUUUCAGAAAGUAACAUGGUGCAAUGUUUUUGUCAUUCUGUUGUGACUUCCAUCACGUACCAUUGCGUUUUCUGUAGGGUUAAUCUGUUACAUGCUCUUUUUGCUUGAAUAUACAUCCAUGUAUUUUUCAAUUGCAUACAAGGCUAAUUUGUUAAGAGACACUCAGACAGAUAUAUUUGAAACUCCUUAAUUAUGAGAGCUUAAUUUCAGGAAAAUAUGAUUUAGAAAUGUUAUAAUAAUAUUAUGCAAAAUAUUUUUGUGUGGUCUUGAUUUUACUAUAUAGUGCUUUCAGAAAGUAUUCACACCCCUUGACUUUUUCCAUGUUUUUUACAAAGUGGGAUUGAAAACAUAUAUAUAUAUAUUUUUUUUAAGCAGCAAUCUACAAUACUCACGUCAAAGUUUUAAAGAAAUAAUUUUAAAAAUAUUGGAAAAUAAAUCACUGUCUUGAUUAGUUAAGUAUCCAACCCAGUCUGUUAAACACCUUUGGCAGCGAUUACAGCUGCUUUUCUGGGUAAGUCUUAAGAGCUUUGCACACCUGGGUUGUACUAUAGUUGCCCAUUUUAUAAAAAAUAAAAAAACGUGGUUGUUGUUCAUUGCUAGACAACCAUUUUCAAUUCUUGCCAUAGAUUUUCAGUUAGAUUUAAGUCAAAUGAAACUAGGCCACUUGGGAGCAUUCAAUGACAUCUUGGUAAGCAACUUGUGGCCUUGUGUUUAAGGUAAUUGUCCUGCUGGAAGGUGAAUUUCUCUCCCAGUGUUGGGAAGCUGACGGAACCAAGUUUUCUUCUAGGAUUUUGUCUGUGCUUAGCUCUAUUUAGUUUAUUUUUAACCUAAACAACGUAUUCCUUGCUGAUGACAAGAGAAUAUGAAGUGCUACACUGUUGUGUUGGACCCAAACAUAAUGCUUUUAUUCAGGACAAAAAGUUCAUUUCUUUUCCACAUUAUUUUCAGUAUUACUUUAGUGCCUUGUCUCAAACAGGAUGCAUGUUUUUAAAUAUUUGUCGUCUUUUCAGUCUGUUGUCAGUAUUGUGGAGUAACUAAAGUACAAUGUUGUUCCAUCCUCCAUUAAACUCUAUUUUAAAAUCGCUAAUAGCCCCAUGGUGAAAUCCCUGAGCGGUUUCCUUCCUCUCUUGCAACUGAAUUGGGAAUGGCGCCUGAAUCUUUGUCGUGACUGGGUAUAAUGAUACACCAUCCAAAGUGUUAACUGCAUCAUGCUCAAAGGGAUAUGUAAUGUCUGCCCCCCCCCACCCUAUUAUUGCGCAGAGUCCGUGCAAUUUAUUUGACUUGUUAAGCACAUGUUUACUCCUGAACUUAUUUAGGCUUGCCAUAAAAGCGUUGAAUACUUAAUGAGUCAAGACAUUUCAGCUUUUCAUUUGUAAAUAUGUUUUUAUUCCACUUUCACAUUAUGGGGUAUUGUGUGUGUGUACAUCAGUGACCCAAAACCUCAACUUAAUAAAUGUUUAAUUUAGAAUGUAACAAAAUGUGGAAAAAGUCAGUGUGAAUACUUUCUAAUUGCACUGUAUUCACUCUUGGUAGUUGCAUGCGCACAAGUUACACUAAGUGAAAGCUAUGGAGAUUAUGCAUCAAUAUGUUAUGCAAUCAAAACAAUAAAAUUCCACACUAAACAAAUGUUUUCUGUAAGCACAUGUUCUGCAGCAAAGAGUCCGGGCUUAAAAUGUAAUUGGAGCCAGAGGGUGGUAUUGAUUGUUCACUCUUGACAAGAGCCCGUUGCCAUAACGACUCCCUUGCAGAUUACCUUCCUUAGUCCUGUGAGAAGCCUACUGUCUGUGGGAGCCUUCCUGUGAGAUAAGAUACUGAAGCUCUGUUUAUACCUGGUUCUAACUCGCACCAUUUAUCCUGAUGUUGUCCACAUUCUGAUUGUGCCCAUACCUUUGGACAGGUGGAGAUGAUUAAAAGACGCACUGUGAUCUGGUUGUAAUCAGAUCUUCCUGACCACCUCCUGAGGUAGUCAGGCACGCAUUGGGAGAAUCUCAAUUGAAUACUCCGCACGCUUUCGCCUUGCCUUCGUAAACCCAUUGGAUGAGAAAGCCAGAGGUCCCUCCCUGACAUCCUCCAAUGGAAGAGGGGGCGAGUAGAGAAGAUGCAAUUGAGAUUCUCCCAUAGUCACCAGAGACCUUGGAUUCGCGCCCAGGCUCUGUCGUAACCGGCCACGAACGGGAGGUCUGUGGGGCGACGCACAAUUGGCCUAGCAUCGUCCUGGUUGAGGGAGGGCUUGGCCGGUAGGGAUAUCCUUGUCUCAUCGCGCACCAGCGACUCCUGUGGCGGGCCGGGCGCAGUGCGCGUUAACCAAGGUUGCCAGGUGCACGGUGUUUCCUCCGACACAUUGGUGCGGCUGGCUUCCGGGUUGGAUGCGCGCUGUGUUAAGAAGCAGUGCGGCUUGGUUGGGUUGUGUAUCGGAGGGCGCAUGACUUUCAACCUUCGUCUCUCCCGAGCCCGUACGGGAGUUGUAGCGAUGAGACAAGAUAGUAGCUACUAAAACAAUUGGAUACCAUGAAAUUGGGGAGAAAAAGGGGUGAAAUUCAAAAAACAAAAAAAAGUUAUUCUCCCAUAGUGUCUGGAUAUCUUACAAGUGUAGAUGGAUCUGGACUGUGAAAUCAUUUAUAAAUCAUCAGUAUCAGACCUUCUAAAAUCAUUGACUUAUGACAUGUAUUUGUGUCUUAAAAUAAACACUAUUUUGAAAGAAAGUCAAAUAAUUUACAUACAGGGCGGGACCAAGAAAUGUAGUCAUAAUGUGGACACAUUGGACAGCUAUGAGAGACAUUUUAAUUUCAUAUGUAGAAUGUGGACUUGACCAGGACAAAAUACACAUGUUAGUGCCAGGUAUAAAUGAGACAUGAAUGACAACCUAUACCGCAAAGCGAGAAAAUCCAUAAACUUAACACCGCUGACCUCGAGCAUAAAUCGCCUCUGACUGUCUAUCGGAACAUUGCACAACAUAUCUAACAGGAGAUAGAUAGGUCUUGAUCCCAUUAGGUCCUAGGAAAGACAAGUCCAGUUCAAGAUCAGCGGACCUCCAAACUCAAAUCUGGCACACUUUGAAAAAUUAUACACAAGCCUUGUCCGAUGUAAAUGUUUGAUACCUUGUUGUAUUUAAAGGGAUCAUGUAUUGCACAUGGUAUACGCAGAGAAAACAAAUGCAUGUAAGUCUUUCAAGGACAUCUAUUGUUGCACUAUUGAACAAUGUGCCGAUAUUCAUUGCUAUCUUUACCUCCCUUUACCUCAGAUGAACAAUUGAGACCCAUAUGCACAAUUUUGAAUAGGAAUAUGUCCCCAAAACUUCAUUGGUAACAUUUUACACUGUUGCUCUUAUACUUGUGUAAUGACAAUGUAAUUACUCUAUUAACAAUGUAAUUAUUCAAGAAAUAACAUUUAAUAUGUACACCUUAUUGCUUUGUAUUGUAAAUUAAAACCUAUUCCUAAGUACUGA